AGUUGAAAACCUCGCUUUCCACCUUCAUCGAGAACGAGACCAUCGUGGAUUAUGACAGAGAGGCAGAGCUGGCCCUGCAGAGACUCACAACGGGAGAUGUGGAUGUAAACCAGCUCACCAACGCGUGGACCCGGUCUUAUGUGGAGACCACACUGGAGCACGCUCGGCCUGAAGAGCCCAGUUGGGAUGAGGACUUUGCCGAUGUUUACCAUGAGCUGAUCCACUCCCCUGCCUCUGAUACCCUUCUCAACCUGGAGCACAACUACUUUGUUAGCAUCUCCGAGCUCAUCAGUGAGAGAGACAUGGAGAUUAAGAAGCUGCAGGAGAGGCAAGCAGCUGAAAUGGACAAAGUGAUGCAUGAGCUGGGAAACACUUUGAGUGACCAUGACGUAAAUGCAGUUGCCUCGCAACACUUUGAUGCACAGCAGGUAUUGGAGAACAAGUGGGCCAGUGAGCUGAAGCAAGUUACAGGCAUUCAAAAGCAGGAGUAUCAGGAGUGGGUCAUCAAACUGCAUCAGGACCUGCAGAAGUCCAACAACAGCAGCCAAAUUAAUGAGGAGAUUAAAGUGCAGCCCAGCCAGCUGUCGGAGCCCGCAGAUUCUGGGGCCAGGAUGUUUGAGGAGCAGCCUCAGCUGGAGGAGAGUUUCACCAUACACUUAGGAGCGCAGCUGAAGACGAUGCACAACCUGCGGUUGGUCCGGGCAGACGUGCUGGACUUCUGUAAGCACCGGCGGCACGGCAGCAGUGGAGCAAAGCUGAGACGGCUACAGACAGCCCUUUCUCUGUACUCGUCCUCCCUCUGCGGUCUGGUGUUGUUGGUCGACAACAGGGUCAACUCCUACAGUGGCAUCAAGAGAGACUUUGCAACCGUGGCGAAGGAGUGUACAGACUUCCACUUUCCCUGUCUGGAGGGGCAGCUGGAGGAGGUGCAGCAGGUGGUGCUCUAUGCCCGAGCCCAGCGGAGCAGCAAGCAGAAAGAACAACCUGAGAUUCCAAGGAAUGGCGGUGAUGAUAAGAACAAAAAUGUGGAAAGAAAUCCAUCCAAUAUCUUACCAGGUGAGUUUUACAUCUCGCGCCACUCCAACCUGUCAGAGGUCCAUUCUGUCUUCCACCUGUGCGUGGACGACAACGUGCGGUCGGGGAACAUCACGGCCCGGGACCCGGCCAUCAUGGGCUUGAGGAACAUCCUGAAAGUCUGCUGCACACAUGACAUCACCACCGUCACCGUACCGUUGCUGCUGGUCCACGACAUGUCUGAGGAGAUGACCAUACCGUGGUGUCUUAAGAGAGCCGAGCUGGUUUUCAAAUGUGUCAAAGGCUUCAUGAUGGAGAUGGCCUCCUGGGAUGGAGGUAUAUCACGCACUGUCCAGUUUCUAGUGCCAAAGAGUAUCUCAGAGGAGAUGUUCUACCAGUUGAGCAAUAUGCUGCCUCAGAUCUUCCGUGUCUCCUCCACCCUAACACUCACCUCAAAGCACUGAUGGAUCGAGACGCACCACAUCGCAUCCUCCAGACAUUCAGGCUAACGGAGACGUUUAUUUUAACAGCAGUUAUAUUUCUUGUUUUUCUUAUCAGGACCAGUAACAUGGUGGCAUUACAGCACUUACAAAGAGUAUUUUAAAUGAGAAAAGACAUUUUUAUGCAACUGGUGAGCCUUUUUUUUGUAUUUUAUUUUUUGCACCUUCAAAAGCUACACACACUGUAAAUGCUUCUUACUGAAAGAGGACUGGAUUCAGCGGCUCACCAAAGCAGCUGCUACGAUUAUCAUUUCAAGCCUCCGGGGUGCGGUUCUGGUGACAGAGUUUAAUGACAUCAUGACAUCAGCCGCCAGCGUUGCAAGUAUUCCUUUAAAGCUUGCAAGCUCGUUCGAGCUACAGCAUAAUGGAGAAAGGGGUGUUGGUGAAGUUGUUUGAACUCGCUGGUACGACCGAGCGGAUGAAGAAAUGUGAAAACCAGUAUUGUUUACGAAAGUGAUGAAUGCUACCAAGACAAAUUCCUUGUAUUAGAAAACUUGAUUGGCAAUUAAACUCUUUCUGAUUUUGAUUCUGAAGCUAGAUGGAUCCGGGACUGGAAAUUCGGCCUAACAAACCUUAUUAACAUCUCUCAAUAGCGGAGUUAGCAACCAUGCUAAAUGUUUUGUAAUGUUUUCACCACACAUAACCAUACAGAUGGAUAUAAUAACAGUGUAUCGAUCAUAAAAACCCUCAGCUCAGCUCAGCUUUGAAUCAAAUUGUGUAGUUUUAAUAUGCAGUAUAAGGCCCCUGUCGACAUUUCAUCUGUUGAAUGUUCACAAGUUAGUCUUGAUGUAUAACCACACAGUUCAGUCAUCACAUGAGAUUAAGCAAUCUAAGCCAAUGCGUCAUUGGCUUCAUAUUCGGAGGCUGAUUUGUCCAGAGAGAAGUGGCAUAAACUUGGCUCUUCAAGCCUUAAAGACGAAUGGCGUUGCUGCUGAGAUGAGCAGCGUGCAGGUGUUUUUUAUGCUGCAUUGCAGUGAGUUGUAGCGAGGAUCACUCGUCGUGUGAGUGUGUGUGUGCACACGUGUGUGGUCCCUCCCCUCUACCUCUGUAACAGCAGAUGGCACUGUUCUUAAAGACAAAGAUGUGAAAAGAGUGACCAGACACACUUCUCUAAAGCCUGUUGAAAUUCAUCUCAAGACAUUUUGGUCCGCAUUCAUCACAAACGUUCAGCCUCCGUGGUCUUGUAUCUUCAGUGGUAACUACUCAUGUAUUCUGUGUAUGUACUGUAUAUGUUUACAUUUAUAUGUUUUAAUAAAAACAUCGCACUCACCCUUA